AUGGCCGCGUUCUCGGCGUCUGGCGCCGUCCACGCGCAACCGAGGAUCUUCAGGCCGAGCCUCAGUGGGCCUUCGCAACAGGUGAAUCCUCUCUCUCGCUCUCUAUCUAUCUAUCUAUCUACCUCCCUCAGCUUCUUUUCGUGUGACGCUUGUUUUUUGCUCUUCCCAUCCUCGUAAUGCCCUGAGACAGUCUAUGCUUCUCCCUAGUUUGUUUUUCUUUCAAUUCUAAGCCUGUAUUCCCUUUCUUUUCGUUGUCGUAUCUGUUGGAAGUCAGCAGAUGUUUUUAUUUUCCUGCCUUCCCUGGGAAUGAGAUUUGAACUGGUCUAUUUUCCGAGUGUUGAAGAAAAAUGCUGGGGGUGACAGGUGAUAUUGUGCGAAAUCAGUUAAUCAACAUUGUGUUGAGUAUGUUGCGGAUGGGUUCUCACCACUUUUAUGUUUCAAGAAAUUAGUAAAAGAUCGUGCGGAAAUCCAUUUUUCUUCUAAAUUUCCUAUCAACUAAGUUUCAUUAAAGGUUUUUAGUAUGUAAAUUUUACGUGAACCGAUUGUUACGUUCAAAAAUCAUCAUUGUUAAAUGAGGUAUAUUGACGGAUGCAUAAAACUGGGGAAAACUAGAAAUCUUUCGUCUGGCCAUGCGGUUCAGCAUGGCAGAAUCGAAGUAAUUUAUUGUAGCUGGUUCACUCUGGCUGGACUAGAAAUUUUAACUAGGGUUUUUACGAAGGGAUGAACCAAAAUAUACUUUUAGUUAAAUAUAUUCAAUCACUUUUUAUCUGUCUUUGAUUGUUAACCUCAUGGAAGUGAAGAAUGCUAUUACUAUGGGUGAGAAGGAUUAACUGUCAAAAGUUUUGCAGUUACUUGUUACUGUUCCCUUGGACCAGGGAUCUGAUCUCCCGUUAUAAAGCUUAGUUGCUCAAGUCUAGAAUGAAUCUUGUCCGACAUGUUAUCUUUUUGCAUUUGCCUGCGUCUGAAAUGAUCCUGGCUUACGAAUUUUGGUACAAGAACUUUUUGUGAGACAAAUAUAGGAAAAAGGCAUUCCAUAUUCCUUCUGUGUUACAUCCAGCACAUAUUAUUAUGCCUUAAUUUGCCCUUUCUUCGACUCAGAAUGUUUCACCAUAGUGGAUAGUACUCCAUUCUAUGAUCAGAUACGUGGUCGAAUGAAUUUAAUGGGUGAUCUGAAGGUCUAGUCUGACUUUAUAUUGGAUAUGUUUCGCCAAAGUUAGAUACCAUUUCAGUUCAUAGUAUAAAGUUAGGGUGGUGGAGGUGCCUUAGGAUGUCUAUUUCCAACUGAACUGAGCAAUCGAAAAUAUUCUAUCAAGUUUGGCUCAUGAAUAUAUUUCUCUUCGACAAACUUCAUGAAAGCAUACUUCCAGAGACUCUCCUGUUUCUUUCUUUCUUUAUCAUUGUUGCACCCAUGGAAUCUGUUUUCUUAUUCUACUGAUUGAAUUGCAUUGGCCUUUUUGGUAUAAAUGAAAUAAUUUGAGUUUUAUUUGAUCAUCCAAGUAGCUUCACUCUUUUUCGGCAAAAUACUAUUCAUAUCAGAGGUCACAUCCAUUCUUUUUUGAUUCCAUUGUUGGACUAGAUUAGUAUUCCCUGUCCAAGUAUGAAUUGACACAUUCUUAGUGACUAAAAAGGAAAAAUAAUUAGCCACCCAGUUUCAUUAGAUUAGAAGCUAUCAGUGAAUUCGUUCGAAUUCUCUCUCUGUGGCCUGGUUAUUACUGCUGUUUCUUUUGAUAUGUUUAAUGCUACAUGUGUUGCACCAAUUUCCUUCUUGCGACGAAGAGCAUGUUGUUAUUAUGUUUCCUGAAAUUCUACUUCAAUUUUCUCAAUGAUUCUGGCAGAAAUUACCUUUGUGGCUAAAUAGAAACGAGACGUCUCUGGUUCUCCUGCGAUCACAGAGGGUAACGAGGUAUAGUCAAGUGCCAACGUUCUUCACAGUGAAUAACCAAAAGACAAAUGUUGGUAACACAAAUGAAGGAGCAGUUGAGCCAGCUAGGGUUCUUCUUGAGAGGUUGUUUGUGCAGACACAAAAGCUUGAAGAGAAAAUGAACAAAGGCUCUGGUCUUAUCAAGGACUACGAAUUAAGCAAUAGCCUUGAGGUCCUGGAGUCAGAUAUUCAGGCUGCCUUGCUAGCCUUGAGGAGAAGGGAGGAGGAUCUUCAAAAUGCUGAGAGGAAAAUACUCUUCGACCAUGCUGAGCUAACACAGGCCAAGCGUGACCUAGAACACAAAGAAAAAAUGAUAGCUUCUGCCCUCGCUAACCAAGAGCAGAUGGAGCAAGACCUAAGGACAGCUAAUAGUGAUCUAGCUUUCAAGGCAAGGGAAAUAGGGGAUCUCAGGCUUCUGGUCGAGGAGCAGAGGUGGAAAAUUGUCAGCUCACAGGCGGCACUCUCUGUGAAAGAAGAUGAGCUCACUGAGCUGAGAAAUGAGCUGAUAAGAAAGAAUGAUGAGAUUCAAAGUAUCAUUCAAGAAAUCAAAUCCAGAGACCAGCUUCUGAAGGAAGCCAACAAAGUGAUCGAGAAGCAAGAAGGGCAACUUAAGAAGAUUCAGAGGGAGCUGAAAGAGAGAGAGGACGAUCUAGCAAAGUCUCUGCAGCUGAAGAAGGUUGAAGAAGGGAAACUGCGAGUUGCAGAGUCCAGGUUAGAAAAGCAGGGCUUGGAAUGGCUACUAACGCAGAAAGCACUGAAGGAACUGGCAGUGCAAGCAUCCCAGAAUAUCAAUGGUGCGAAGGAAGCUAGGGAGGAUUUUAGGAGAGUAAGUGCACUUCUAUCUGAUGUAAAGUCUGAAUUGAUCUCGUCCAGAAAAUCUCUUGCUUCCUCUCGCAAGAUUCUGGUGGCCCAAGUCCACCAGCUCGAGAAGAAAAAGGCAGAGCUCCAGGAAGAGAGCCUCUCCGUGACGUCAUACAGCAAGAGCUUGGAAGAUGCCCAGCUGGAAGUUGAGAAUGAGAGAGCAAAGCUCGGUGUCGUUGUGGCCCAAAGAGAUAAGCUCCGUAUGCAGUUAUUAUCAGAAAGGACGCGUAUUGACAAAAUGGAGGAGGAGCUGCGCGCCGAGAAGUGUCGGCUGGAGCGAGCCAACAGAGAGAUAGAUUCACUUCAGAAAGAUCUCCAGCAGAAGACCUUGGAUUUUAACCGCGCCCAAGAUCUUCUUCAAGCUAAAGAAUCCGAACUUGAUGGAGCGAGGCUUCAGAUUCAGGAUCUGAAGUCAGAGCAGGCCUCGGUUGAGCUCAUCUUGAAAGAAAAGGAUGAGAUUCUCUGGGACACGCAGCAGAAGUUGGCCGACUUGAGCUGUGAGAUUGUGGAUCUGAGGGGGCUCAUGAAGAGCAGAGAGGACCUGCUCCUGCAGACGACCGGGCAGCUUCAGGAGAAGGAAGAACAUGCCUUGGUCAUGAAACAUGAGCUCGACGACACAAAAGCAAAGUUCUCCGAGGCCGUGACGAUUGUCGAACAGAUUUCCCAACUGACAGAUAAACUCGUCGUGUCUAUGACGAAUAACGUUCGCUCUGACUCUCGCGGCUUGUCCAAUAUAGGAAUGCCGGCGGCCCCUCAGGUCAACCCUGGCGCUGACUUUGGGAAGCAGGAGCAGCUGGAGACUGAGCUGAAGGUGAAAGAAAUGGAGUGCCGAGCGGCACGGAGAGCCCUCGCCGUCAAGGACGAAGAAUUAGAGUCGGUCCAUAGACAGCUCGAGACGAAGGAAGAAGAAAUGCAGAAGAUGAAGGAACUGCUGUGGCAGGAUAGAAGCAGAGCAGAGCUCCCAGUUGAGAAAGCUGGGGACAGAGAAGAGUUCUCGAAGGCAGAUAUGAACCCUAAAAUAGAAAAAGGGAGCAUCGACAGGGUCGAAAGGGAAUUGACAAACCUUCUGUCCUUAACCCACAAGCUCCUAAGGGAGGCCCGCAUCAGCGGCUGA